GAGCGAUUUCAAACGGCGCCGAGCAGCGGCCGGACACUCGCCGCGCCCGACCCGCGGCGGCCAGGUCGGUUAUGAACAUCCUGCACUGUGCAUGCAAUUAGGAAGUUGAUCUGAAUGCUUUGUGGAGCAGAGGAAUUAGUGUAAUUACAGAGAGAACCUGAAUUAACAAUGGGGGACGACAGUGAGUGGAUGAAACUGCCCAUUGACCAGAAAUGUGAACAUAAGCUGUGGAAAGCCAGAUUAAAUGGCUAUGAAGAAGCCCUUAAGCUCUUCCAGAAGAUAGAUGAUGAGAAGAGUCCUGAAUGGUCCAAGUAUCUUGGGUUGAUAAAGAAAUUUGUGACAGACUCCAAUGCAGUGGCUCAGUUAAAAGGACUGGAAGCAGCGCUUGCUUAUGUUGAAAAUGCUCAUGUAGCCGGGAAGACAACAGGAGAAGUAGCUUCUGGAGUUGUAAAUAAAGUGUUCAAUCAGCCAAAAGCCAGAGCGAAGGAGCUGGGUGUAGAUAUAUGUCUAAUGUAUAUAGAAAUUGAGAAAGGGGAGGCAGUACAAGAAGAGUUACUAAAGGGUCUGGAUAACAAAAACCCGAAAAUCAUAGUAGCAUGUAUAGAGACACUGAGGAAAGCACUAAGUGAAUUUGGUUCAAAAAUAAUUUCACUGAAGCCAAUCAUCAAAGUAUUGCCAAAACUAUUUGAGUCUCGGGAAAAGGCUGUUCGAGAUGAAGCCAAACUCCUUGCUGUGGAGAUCUACCGUUGGAUAAGGGAUGCACUGAGACCUCCGUUGCAGAAUAUAAAUUCUGUUCAGCUAAAAGAACUGGAAGAAGAAUGGGUCAAAGUGUCAGCAGCUGCUCCUAAGCAAACCAGGUUCCUGCGUUCCCAACAGGAGCUUAAAGCAAAAUUUGAGCAGCAGCAGGCAGUUGGAGGAGAUGGAGACGGAGGAGAUGAUGAUGGGGAAGAGGUGGUACCCCAAGUAGAUGCAUAUGAGUUGCUUGAAGCUGUAGAAAUUCUUUCCAAGCUUCCCAAAGACUUCUAUGAGAAAAUAGAAGCAAAAAAGUGGCAGGAGAGGAAAGAAGCUCUAGAAGCUGUUGAACUGCUGGUGAAAAAUCCCAAAUUGGAAUCAGGAGACUAUGCAGACUUGGUGAAAGUUCUCAAAAAGGUUGUUGGAAAGGAUACAAAUGUUAUGCUAGUUGCUUUGGCUGCUAAAUGCCUUGCUGGACUAGCUACUGGCCUCCGAAAGAAAUUUGGACAAUAUGCAGGACAUGUUGUUCCAACAAUCUUGGAGAAGUUUAAAGAGAAGAAACCUCAGGUAGUGCAGGCGUUACAGGAGGCCAUUGAUGCAAUCUUUCUUACUACCACAUUGCAGAACAUAAGUGAAGAUAUUUUGGCAGUGAUGGACAACAAAAAUCCAACAAUUAAGCAGCAAACAUCCCUUUUCAUUGCAAGAAGCUUCCGUCACUGCACACCUUCUACUCUGCCAAAGAGCCUGUUAAAACCCUUCUGUGCUGCACUUCUCAAGCAUAUCAACGAUUCGGCUCCUGAAGUAAGAGAUGCUGGUUUUGAAGCAUUAGGCACUGCCUUGAAAGUGGCUGGAGAGAAAGCUGUGAAUCCUUUUCUAGCAGAUGUGGACAAACUAAAGCUUGAUCGUAUUAAAGAGUGUGCUGAGAAGGUAGAACUGGUUUAUGGUAAAAAGACAGGAGGAGCUGCUGAGAAAAAAGAAGGCAAGCCUGUUGCUGGAAAGACCCCUGCUCUUUCAGGGACUGCUGCUGAUAAAGAAACAAAAGAUGCAGCCGCCAAACCAGGACCACUGAAAAAAGCACCUGCUGCGAAGCCUGGGGGCCCACCCAAGAAAGGCAAGCCAGCUGCAGCUGUGGGUAUGGGAGGUGCUGGGGCUAAAGGCAAGAAAGCUCCCGAGACCAAAGAGAUAUUUGAAUCAGAGCUCUCAAUAGAAGUAUGUGAAGAGAAAGCUGCUGCCGUCCUUCCAGCUUCUUGUAUCCAACAGUUGGACAGUGGUAAUUGGAAAGAGAGGCUUGCCUGCAUGGAGGAGUUUCAGAAGGCUGUUGAGCUUAUGGAAAGAAGUGAAAUGCCUUGCCAAGCUCUAGUAAGAAUGCUGGCCAAGAAACCUGGUUGGAAAGAAACAAACUUUCAGGUGAUGCAGAUGAAACUGCAUAUAGUUGCAUUGAUUGCACAGAAAGGAAACUUCUCCAAAACUUCAGCACAGGUUGUGCUGGAUGGUCUCGUAGACAAGGUUGGUGAUGUGAAAUGUGGGAGUAAUGCAAAAGAAGCCAUGACAGCAAUAGCUGAGGCAUGUCAGUUGCCAUGGACUGCUGAGCAGGUUGUCGCUAUAGCUUUCUCUCAAAAGAAUCCUAAAAACCAGUCAGAAACCUUGAACUGGCUCUCAAACGCGAUUAAAGAGUUUGGCUUUUCUGGACUGAAUGUCAAAGCUUUCAUCAGUAACGUGAAGACAGCUCUUGCUGCAACUAACCCAGCUGUAAGGACUUCUGCCAUUACCUUGCUGGGAGUUAUGUACCUUUAUGUGGGGCCUCCUUUGCGAAUGUUUUUUGAAGAUGAGAAGCCCGCCCUUCUCUCCCAGAUAGAUGCAGAAUUUGAAAAGAUGCAAGGGCAGACAGCACCAGCCCCAACUCGUGGCAUUUCCAGGCACAGUGGAGGCAGUGGGGAUGACGGUGAGGAAGAGGAACAGGAGGAUGUUGGGAAUGAUGUUGUGGAUCUCUUGCCGAGAACAGAUAUUGGUGAUAAGAUCACAGCUGAGCUAGUGUCUAAGAUUGGGGACAAAAACUGGAAGAUCCGAAAGGAAGGUCUAGAUGAAGUGACGAGCAUAAUUAAUGAUGCUAAGUUCAUACAGCCCAACAUAGGAGAACUUCCAGCUGCUUUGAAGAGUCGUCUCAAUGACUCCAAUAAAAUCUUGGUGCAACAAACACUGAGCAUUCUUCAGCAGCUAGCAACAGCAAUGGGCCCCAAUAUCAAACAGCAUGUGAAAAAUUUGGGCAUUCCUGUCAUUACAGUCCUUGGAGACAGUAAGAAUAAUGUUCGUGCCGCUGCGUUAGCAACUGUGAAUGCCUGGGCUGAACAAACCGGAAUGAAAGAGUGGUUGGAAGGUGAAGAUCUAUCUGAGGAACUCAAAAAAGAAAAUCCUUUCCUAAGACAAGAGCUGCUUGGUUGGUUAGCCGAAAAGUUGCCUACCCUCCGUUCUGUUCCUUCUGACCUGCUCUUGUGUGUGCCUCACCUCUACUCCUGUCUUGAAGAUCGAAAUGGGGAUGUGCGUAAAAAGGCGCAGGAUGCCCUGCCAUUCUUUAUGAUGCAUCUUGGAUUUGAGAAGAUGGCGAAAGCCACUAGCAAGCUGAAGCCAACUUCCAAAGACCAGGUACUGGCCAUGCUUGAGAAAGCCAAGGCCAACAUGCCAGCCAAACCAGCUCCUGCUGCUAAAGCAUCUUCCAGAGUGGGUGGGGGAGCAGCUCCAGCCAAAUUCCAGCCUGCAUCAGCUUUUUCUGAAGAUUCAGGGUCCAAUACCAUGGAAUCCAAGCCUGAUCCCAAAAAAGCCAAAGCAGGAGGUGCCUCCUCUAAAGCUAAGCAGUCAGAUGUUAAUAGCAGUAUGUCCAAGGGCAAUACCAGCCAGUCCAAAGCUAAUACAAGCCUCAGCAAAGGCAAUACGAGUCUGGCAAAGAACAAAUCUAUCAAACAGGGUGUACAGGGGAAGAAAGUAUUAAGCAAGCCUACUUUGAAGGAAGAUGAUGAUAAAUCAGGUCCUAUUUUUAUCAUGGUCCCAAAUGGGAAAGAACAGAGAAUGAAAGAUGAGAAAGGUCUGAAGGUGUUAAAGUGGAAUUUCACUACUCCCCGUGAUGAAUAUAUUGAGCAGCUGAAGACUCAGAUGUCCAGUUGUGUGGCCAAAUGGCUACAGGAUGAGAUGUUUCAUGCAGACUUUCAGCACCACAACAAAGCACUGGCUGUUAUGAUUGAGCAUUUGGAGAGUGAAAAAGAUGGAGUCAUCAGCUGCCUGGAUCUGAUCUUAAAGUGGCUGACCCUGAGGUUCUUCGAUACCAACACAAGUGUUCUGAUGAAAGCACUUGAAUACCUCAAAUUGCUUUUCAAUUUGCUGAGUCAAGAAGAGUAUCACCUUACUGAAAAUGAAGCAUGCUCUUUCAUCCCAUAUCUCAUCCUAAAGGUAGGAGAACCAAAAGAUGUCAUCCGCAAAGAUGUCCGUGCCAUUCUGAACAGGAUGUGUCUCAUAUAUCCAGCCAGCAAGAUGUUUACUUUUAUCAUGGAGGGGACAAAAUCUAAAAACUCAAAACAGCGUGCAGAGUGCCUGGAAGAGCUUGGAUGUCUGGUUGAAUCAUAUGGCAUGAAUGUAUGCCAGCCAACUCCAGGGAAAGCCUUGAAAGAAAUGGCAACUCAUAUUGGUGAUAGGGACAACACUGUGCGCAAUGCUGCACUGAACACCAUUGUGACUGUAUAUAAUGUUCAUGGUGACCAAGUAUUCAAGCUGAUUGGAAAUCUAUCAGAGAAAGACAUGAGCAUGCUGGAGGAGAGAAUAAAACGAUCAGCCAAGAGACCAUCAGCUGCUCCCGUGAGACAAGUAGAGGAGAAACCUCAGCGUACUCAAAACAUCAGCGCUAAUGCUAGCAUGCUGCGGAAGGGACCAGUUGAGGACAUGUCUUCUAAACUCAAAAUUAUGUAUCGCACUUAUAGGAUCCAAAAUCGCAACAUGGGCGGUCACUCUGAGACAUCGCAUACAGUUCCACGGGAAUUCCAGCUGGAUCUUGAUGAAAUUGAAAAUGACAAUGGUCCUGUCAAAUGUGAGAUGCCAGCACUUGUACAGCACAAACUAGAUGACAUCUUUGAGCCAGUCCUGAUUCCUGAGCCCAAAAUCCGUGCUGUGUCCCCGCACUUUGAUGACAUGCACAGUAACACAGCUUCUACUAUCAACUUUGUCAUUUCUCAAGUAGCCAGUGGUGAUAUAAAUACAAGCAUCCAGGCUCUGGCCCAGAUUGAUGAGGUUCUCAGACAGGAGGACAAGGCAGAAGCAAUGUCUGGACAUAUUGACCAAUUUCUAAUAGCUACGUUUAUGCAGCUUCGGCUAAUCUACAAUACACACAUGGCAGAUGAGAAGCUAGACAAAGAUGAAAUAGUGAAACUUUACAGCUGUAUUAUUGGGAGCAUGAUAUCGCUAUUUCAGAUAGAGAGUCUGGCUCGAGAGGCUUCUACUGGUGUACUGAAGGACCUAAUGCACGGUCUUAUUACAUUAAUGCUGGAUUCUCGGGUUGAAGACCUCGAGGAGGGUGAACAGGUCAUCCGAUCAGUCAACCUCUUGGUAGUGAAAGUUCUGGAAAAGUCUGAUCAGACCAACAUCUUAAGUGCUCUGCUUGUUUUGCUCCAAGACAGUCUACUAGCAACAGCCAGCUCUCCGAAGUUUUCAGAACUUGUCAUGAAGUGUCUGUGGAGAAUGGUGCGUCUUCUUCCCGAAACUAUUAAUAGUAUCAAUCUGGAUCGGAUUCUACUGGAUAUCCACAAUUUCAUGAAGGUCUUUCCCAAAGAGAAGCUGAAGCAGUGUAAGAGUGAGUUUCCUAUAAGGACACUGAAGACUCUGCUUCACACCCUGUGCAAGCUGAAAGGGCCCAAGAUCUUGGAUCACUUAACAAUGAUAGACAACAAAAAUGAGUCUGAGCUGGAGGCUCACCUAUGUAGAGUAAUGAAACACUCCAUGGACCAGACUGGAAGCAAAGCUGAUAAGGAUACAGAAAAAGGGGCUUCUCGCACAGAGGAAAAAGCUUCAAAGGCCAAAGUCAAUGAUAUUUUGGCAGAGAUAUUUAAGAAGAUUGGCUCCAAGGAGAACACUAAAGAGGGUUUGGCAGAGCUGUAUGAAUACAAAAAGAAAUAUUCUGAUGCGGACAUUGAGCCCUUCCUGAAAAACUCAUCUCAGUUCUUCCAGAGCUAUGUGGAAAGAGGCCUCCGGCUGAUAGAAACAGAACGGGAGGGGAAAGGACGCAUUGCUUCUUCUACAGGAAUUUCUCCUCAGAUGGAAGGAACGUGUGUUCCUGUUUCUACCCACACUGUAUCUUCAUCUAUAGGAAACACAAAUGGGGAGGAAGUGGGGCCUUCGGUUUACUUGGAAAGAUUAAAAAUCCUCAGGCAGCGAUGUGGCCUUGACAAUGCAAAGCAGGAAGACAGACCACCUCUGACAUCUCUGCUCUCUAAACCAGCAGUCCCUACAGUUGCAUCCUCUACAGAUAUGCUUCACAGUAAGCUCUCCCAGCUCCGUGAGUCACGGGAGCAGUACCAACAUCUGGACCUGGACUCCAAUCAGACUCAUUCCUCUGGCAUUGGAACUACCCCAGCUUCGCCCUCUUCUGCAGCAGCUAAUAUUGAUGACUUGAAAAAAAGAUUGGAGAGAAUAAAAAGCAGUCGCAAAUAGAGAUGCGAGAGAGACAGCAUCACGGUUGCUUGGGCUGUCUUCAGCUUUAGUUUACUAAACUAGAAGUCUUCAUAGUUAAAUGGCCUCGUUUAGGCCUAAUGUAUACAAACUGGUUUAUGUAUAAUACGGUGGAUUUUGGGGGAUUGAGUCAUUGUGGCACAAGUAUUUGUACAUACUCUGCUUCUCAGUGAGCAUCUCUUGACAAUAGAAGGCUGUCUGUGUAUUAGUUUUAGUGUACAGACCUGUAAACAACCAUCCUCUUGCUCAGACUAGUUUCUUAUAACUUGUUUUUUAUUUGUAAAAUUGUCGUUAAGAUCUUUUUUCCUAGUUCUUAACUCUUAGAAGAUCUUUAGUGAUUUCACUUUUAAUUUUGUGAAUUCUUCUCCAUGUAAUCCUUGAACUGUUGAUUCUGUAUGGACACAUGGCAUGAAGUAACUAAUUUAAGUGUCUUUUGUAAAUAAAGUUUGCAUUAACUAUA